UUGGGCCGGCGGGCGGGGGCGGUGCCGCGGCGUUGGCGGGAUGGGGCUGCUGGAGCAGUGCGAGGCCGUCUUCGGCUCCCCGGACCUCUACCGCGUUCUGGGUGUACGCCGGGAGGCCUCACCCCAGGAGAUCCGCCGCGGUUACCACCGCGCCUCGCUCCGCGUCCACCCCGACCGCGCCGAGCCCGAUGUGAAGGAGGAGGCGACGCGGCGGUUCCAGAUCCUGGGCAAGGCGUACGCCGUCCUGAGCGACGCGGAGCAGCGCGCCGUGUACGAUGAGCAGGGUACGGUGGAUGAGGAGGGCGAGGCGCUGAGCGGCGAGCGGGACUGGCGGGAGUACUGGCGGCUGCUCUUCAAGAAGAUCACUGUAAAAGACAUUGAAGACUUUGAAAAGAGCUAUAAAGAUUCAGAAGAAGAGCUAGCUGAUAUUAAAGCGGCAUAUGUGGAUUUUGAGGGUGACAUGGACAGAAUAAUGGAGUCUGUGUUGUGUGCGGACUAUACAGAUGAACCAAGAAUACGGAAAAUCAUAGAAAAAGCCAUCGAUUCUGGAGAAGUCCCAUCCUACCAAUGUUUUGUAAAAGAGUCUAAGCAGAAAACGAUCGCAAGAAAAAGGCGGGCAGAAAAAGAAGCUAGAGAAGCAGAAAAGACUAAGGAUGAACUGGGCCUUGGCGGAGAAGAUGACUUGAAAGCGCUGAUUCAAAGCAGAAAUAAAGAUCGAAAAAAGGAAAUGGAUGACUUUUUGGCCCAACUGGAAGCAAAAUACGGCAAUAAUGCUAAAAAAGGAGGAAAGAAGACUGCAGCCAAGAAAGGAAAGAAAUAAAGAACUGUGUAGGCUGAAAU